AUGGCAUUCGCUGCCGUAGCAUCGUCGUGUACAGACACCCGUAGCUUGCGUAGCAAGUCGUUUCUGCUCCUGCUGUGGUGCGUGGUGCAUGCAAUACUAAUCACCUCCACCUGCAGCUUGGAACUUAGGUCUGAGGACUUCCAGCUGGUAAUCGACCCCAAAAAGAGCCCUGGGGUUACCGGCGGUGCCCUUUCCCAUCCUGUCGACAUAUCUCACCUACGGAACAAUAGAGCUUUCUCCCUUUUCCCUCGCGACGCAGACUUCGACGGCAAUGGCGCUGGCUAUCCAGCCCAGUAUCUUCCGCCAGAGAAGCUGUCAUAUGGAGGCUUGGAUUUCAUCUUUCCUCAAUAUGAUCCCAGCGGUGGACGUGACAACGUUCUUGCUCAAGGGCAAGUCCUUAACAUAUCUCAAGGAAACUACCUCGCCAUUCAUAUGCUUCUUGCCGCGGAAGACUCUGUGGCAACUGGCACUGUCACCGCAAACUACGCAGAUGGCUCAACCGCGACGUCUAGCUUAAUUGCGUUUCCAUGGUGGUCCUGGUCUUCGGCCUUUUCGCCGUGGCAUUAUGCGGGCGAUCUCGUCUUCCCAUUUCAUUUCACCAACGCGACCAUCGACUUCAACCAAUCAGCCAUCUAUCGCACCGUCAGUUGGCUCGAUAGCACAAAGGAACUGGCUCAACUACGAUUGCCUAACGUUACUUUUGGAGCGGCGAAUGGCCCGGGCGGUGCCACGCAAAACACGAGGCUUCACAUAUUUGCCGUAUCCCUGGUCCCCGCGAACAAAUCCACAGACAUCUUGCUCCAGGUGCAGCUAGCUAGGAGUACAAACGCUUGGUUUGCAGGGACGGACGUUCAGAUAUUCGAGGCAAUCAUUAUCAACACGGGCGCGGAAUGGGUUCUCCCUGAGCAUGAUGUGCUAGUGACCAUCGAAGACGAAGCUGCUAGCUCCAGGACUGUCCGUCCAGCACAUAUCAAGCGACUUCGCCCAGGCGACGAGGCAAGAGUACGCAUCGGCGUGACCAGUACGGGGGCGAAAGCAGCUCGAACGGCAACGCUCACCAUCUCCGGCAAAAACAUGCCUAGCACGCACUAUGCCUUCGACGCUCACUUCGGCAUAAUGGACUACGAACCGACGGACGCCAGCAUCUACUCGCACGAAUCACCGCCAUGGUUCAACGACGGCAAAUUUGGUAUUUUCAUUCACUGGGGCCCGUAUUCCGUUCCCGCGUGGGGCAACGCGGGUAACAAUGAGUCCUUUGCCGAAUGGUAUUGGUGGUGGAUGAACUCUGGACCCAACAGCACACGAGAGCGAACGUACGAAUAUCAUCUCGAAACAUACGGUCAAAAGGUGACCUUUGACGACUUUAUCGCAAACUUUACUGCUUCGGCGUACGACCCUAAGGCAUGGGUUGACUUGUUUGCUGAUGCAGGGGCAAAUUACUUUGUCCUGAGUGCUAAGCAACAUGAUGGCUACGCACUCUUCGACCUGCCUGCCAAUAUCAGUCUUAGGACUAGUGUUGCACAAGUUCCUCACCGCAACCUUGUGCAGGAAUUGUAUGAUGCUGCUGAUACAUACCAGCCGCAUUUGCAUAAAGGCGCAUACUAUAGCCUGCCGGAAUGGUUCCAUCCUGACUAUCACGGCUUUGGAGAAUGGCCCGGGGGUAAUGCCACUAAUCCCUACACAAACCAGACAGAGCCAUACCUCGGAUAUGUGCCUCUCACAGACUAUAUAGCCGAAAAGGUGUUACCAGAGAUGCGGAUAUUGGCCGAAAUGAGCACCGACCUCGUUUGGUGUGACAUUGGAGGACCCAACCUCACAACCCAAUUCGCGUCCGAAUACUUUAACAAUGCGAGGAGGCAAGGCCGGCAGGUCUCCAUUAACAACCGAUGCGGCAUCGAGGGCGAUUUCGACACAGCCACCUACGCGACUUUACAGCGUAACCGCAAAUGGGAGCGGACGGCGAGUCUGGACCCAUUUAGCUAUGGCUACAAUCGCGCAACACCUGACGACGCUUACAUGAAGCCACAAGUUAUUGUAACGAGGUUGAUCGAAGCUGUAUCGAUGAACGGAAAUUUCCUUCUUAACGUGGGCCCGACAGCAGAAGGUGUUAUACCCGCCAUCCAACAACACAACCUCCGCGUCGCAGGCUCAUGGAUCAAAUCCCACGCUGAAGCUAUCUUCAACACAACUUUCUGGUCCAUAGCCUCGUCCGAUGACUCCAACCCCGACAUCCGUUUCACACAGACGCUCGACGCUUUUUACAUCUUCGCCAUGACUAAACCAAAUGCUACGCUCAGUGUCCACGCGCCUGUGCCAUAUAGACAGGGCGAUAACGUAACUGUAGUAGGCGGCAAGCAAGCUGGUGUCGAUGUGCCUAGUACCUUAGUAAAUGGGGUGCUGAGGCUGGAUAUUAGUGAUGAGGUACGGGAGGGGGAUGAGUUUGUCUGGGUGUUUAAGGUUGCGUUUUAG